UACAUACAUUGCGUACUAUUCUGCGGCUCGGCAUAUAUACACACGCGCAGGCUAGAAAGUCUGCCUCAGUUCCGUUUAAAAAAAGGUAAACCCGACAUGGCAACAGAUAUGACAAUAGACAAGAUUGGCGAGGCCUUCACCAUCGCAAUGGGGCAGGGGCCAAAGGAACUCGAGGAUUUUUACGAUAAAUGGGCGGUAGAUAAGUCAGCAGAAAACUACGAUCAGGUGCUAAAAGAGGCUGGGUAUGUAGGACCUGCCGCUAUUGCUUCUAUACUCAACAGACUUGUGCAGGAUAAGACAAAGAAGAUUCUAGAUGUUGGAUGUGGAACAGGAAUGGUCGGUGAAGAGCUUGCUAAACUGGUUUUCAGCAAUGUUUCCGGAGUAGACCCAUCGCAAGAAAGCCUCAAUGCAUGUAAAAUCAAAGGAGUUUAUAAAGAGUUGAUCCACAGCUACGUUGGACCUGUGCAACUAGAGUUUGAAGAAAAUUCCUUUGAUGGAGCCAUAUCAAGCGGUACCUUUCUUCCUGGUCAUUGCGAUGGGACGUCAUUGAAAGAAGUGGUUAGACUCGUUAAACCAGGUGGAGUCAUCGUGAUUGCGACAAGGAAAACAUGGUACAUGGAGAAACCAGGGGAAUGGGAAUAUGGCAAAACGUCACUUGUCCCAAAUCAUCCAAAGGAAUUCAAUUUCCGAGCCGCCUCUGACGAACUCGUCUCGGCUAAAAAGUGCUCUCUCGUCUACAAAGAGAUCCCGUCUUAUGCUGAGGGAGAAAUGGGAAUAGGAUUGAUGUAUACAGUUCUGUGACGUCAUGAAGCACCAACCAACUCGUAAUCCACUCUAUAGUGACGAAACUGGACAAAGUUUGACAUGUUAGAUAAAGGGUUCCCAGAUGACGUCAUGAGGGAUGACAAUUCAGUAACGUUUUGGUAAAACAUUGGUAUACACAGUCAUGAAACGUAAACACGCGGUGCUGUAGGUCUGGAUAUCGAACGUGAGAAGGUUUGCAAAGACAAUUCCAAUUCAUAUGAAAUGGACUUUAACGUAUUUAAUGGAAAAUGUAGGCCUAGGUGGCGGGUAGUCUGCAAACACAUGCAGACUCUUAUUUGACACUUUAACCAACCACGUCUAGAGUGAAGACUAGACGCCAAGCUCUCUGUGUGUAGAGCCAGCCACAGUUGAAACCAGCUGAAUCCAUAUCAAAGAGAAAAAUCAAAGAAACAUAUCGUUGAAAGUUUGAGGAAGAUUGAAUGAAUAAUAAGAAAGUUAUGGGCAUUUGAAUAUUGAGAUCACUAAUGCCAUGUAGAUCCUCCCAUUGGCAAUGCGACCAAGAUCUGUGAUGUCACACACGUACAACUCCCUCGUUGCUUUAGUACUUAUUUCACUUAUAUUCUCACUUUUAUAGAAUCUAUCACAAGGUGAGGUGUUCUCUUUAUGAGAGGACAAGUACAUAGGUUUCACAACAUUAUAUCAUUGAUGAAUCGUUUGUCAUAUGAUUAGAAAGAGCAAAAAGAGAUGUUUUGGGGUAUAUUUUCAGUGUCCAAAAGGGGAGAGUUGUUCAUCUGUGAUAUCAUAGAUCUUGGUUGCGUUGCCAAUGGGAGGAUCUCCAUAGCAUUAGUGAUCUCGACAUUCAAAUGCUCAUAACUCUUCUAUUGCUAGUCCUAUUUUACUCAAAAUUUUGUUGAUCUUAUUCUUUGAUUUUUCUGCUUUCACAAAAGCUAACUUGCUCCAAGAGUUUCAUUCUCCUUUAACUUACGAACAGCUUUAUGCAUUAUGUGAAUUGCGAAACCAAGGGUCUAGCAGUGUCGGCAGAGUGCAGACUAGCUGGCGGGGUGGUGUAUCAACAGAAAACAUGGAAAGUUAUGUUUUUUAUGAGAUAAUUCGACCUCUUGGGUUACUCUAUUCGCAUCAGAAGAAGUUCGGUUCUCCAUUAUUUUGAAGAAAAAUAUAGGCCUACAUUCGACAAUUAUUACAUGUAUGAUGUCUAUCGGAUCUCUUAAUUGAGAUACCACGACUGUCUGAGAACACAAAAUACAUUCACAAUGGGCAUACAUUGUAGAAAGAAUAAGAAAGGUGAAUAUAAAAAAAACCAUGAAAUACAUAUGAUUUUAAACCACAAUGUAGCGUUCAAGCUUUAUUAAAUCCAGUACGUGGUAGUUUAUAAUAAUCUCAGUCUUAAUUCCCUUUCGUAAUCUUUUGUUGUUGCCUCUGGGGAUUAUUCUUGGAAGGACAGUUCCACCUCAACAUAAAGUUGAUUUUAAUAAUAAGAGAAAAUUCCAACAAGAAUAACACUGAAAAUUAAAAUCGGGUGUCAAAUAAGAAAGUUAUGGCAUUUUUAAGUUUCGCUUAAUUUCACAAAACAGUUAUAUGCGCAUCCUGUUCGGUAUGCAAAUGAGGAGACUGACAUCAUCCACUCACUAUUUCUUUGUAUUUUAUCAAAUGAAAUAUAAAACUUUCUAAUUUUCUCCUCACUGUCACGUGAAGGGAGUUUUAUUCCUACCUGAAUAUGUGGAAUUACCAUUGUUUUAACAUUUUGUGCUUCAGUCAUCUUGGUCCUUACUGUCAAAUUUGUACAGAUUGAAAUGUUGUAUAAUGUUCAAACAAUAAAAAAACUAAACAAAUAGAGAGUGAGGGACAUCAUCAAUGACCUCAUCUGCUUGUCACUGAGUGAUCGCAUAUAUUUUGUGAAAAAUAUGCGAAAUUUCAAAAUGUCAUAACUUUCUAAUUUUACAUUCGAUUUGGAUGAAAGUUUCAGUGUUAUGUUUGUUGGAAUUUUCUCUUUUGAUUCCACUCAAACUUUUCUGGGUUGACUUGACCUUUAACAAAUACCGAACGAAUACCUUGAUUUACAAUGCAAUCAUGGAAUGUCCGUUGAUUAUAUCUUUUUACAUGAUUUUAUACUUAGGAAGGGAAUUAUCUAUAUGGAGUCUAAUUAAAUAUGGUGAAGUCAAAUUA